AUGACUGUGGAACUGUGUAGAACGUUUUGUGAAGAGCGGAAUGAUAAAUAUUAUGGAUUACAGCAAGGGAGGUCGUGCUAUUGUGGAGAUCGUACACCCGAAAAUAGAGAGCUAGAUGGGAGUUGUUCUUAUAAAUGCGGAGGAAACCAAGAUCAGUAUUGUGGUGGACAGCAUACGCAAAGCUUCUAUGUAAACCGCAACUACAGUAAUGGAUAUCUUGGGUGCUUCAAUGACGAGGCUGAUUCAAUGUUCAAUGUGAAAAACACUUCAUCGACAUCCAUGACUGUGGAAAAAUGUAAAGAAUUUUGUCAGAAGGAAGAUGUCCCAUUCUAUGGACUACUAGCAGGCAUUGAAUGUGUCUGUAGAAAUUCACCGCUGCCGAGCGUCAAUAAGUCAGACGAAGACUGUCGAAUCAAAUGUAGUGGGUACGAGAAGGAUUUUUGUGGAGGAGACGGGAUGAUUGGUUUUCAUAAGAAUUCUUAUUAUGAAAAGGGUUACCUAGGUUGUUUCCGAUCACGGUUCAACGGUAAAUCCUUACACGGCAAUGCAAUGACUGUGGAACUGUGUAGAACGUUUUGUGAAGAGCGGAAUGAUAAAUAUUAUGGAUUACAGCAAGGGAGGUGGUGCUAUUGUGGAGAUCGUACACCCGAAAAUAGAGAGCUAGAUGGGAGUUGUUCUUAUAAAUGCGGAGGAAACCAAGAUCAGUAUUGUGGUGGACAGCAUACGCAAAGCUUCUAUGUAAACCGCAACUACAGUAAUGGAUAUCUUGGGUGCUUCAAUGACGAGGCUGAUUCAAUGUUCAAUGUGAAAAACACUUCAUCGACAUCCAUGACUGUGGAAAAAUGUAAAGAAUUUUGUCAGAAGGAAGAUGUCCCAUUCUAUGGACUACUAGCAGGCAUUGAAUGUGUCUGUAGAAAUUCACCGCUGCCGAGCGUCAAUAAGUCAGACGAAGACUGUCGAAUCAAAUGUAGUGGGUACGAGAAGGAUUUUUGUGGAGGAGACGGGAUGAUUGGUUUUCAUAAGAAUUCUUAUUAUGAAAAGGGUUACCUAGGUUGUUUCCGAUCACGGUUCAACGGUAAAUCCUUACACGGCAAUGCAAUGACUGUGGAACUGUGUAGAACGUUUUGUGAAGAGCGGAAUGAUAAAUAUUAUGGAUUACAGCAAGGGAGGUGGUGCUAUUGUGGAGAUCGUACACCCGAAAAUAGAGAGCUAGAUGGGAGUUGUUCUUAUAAAUGCGGAGGAAACCAAGAUCAGUAUUGUGGUGGACAGCAUACGCAAAGCUUCUAUGUAAACCGCAACUACAGUAAUGGAUAUCUUGGGUGCUUCAAUGACGAGGCUGAUUCAAUGUUCAAUGUGAAAAACACUUCAUCGACAUCCAUGACUGUGGAAAUAUGUAAAGAAUUUUGUCAGAAGGAAGAUGUCCCAUUCUAUGGACUACUAGCAGGCAUUGAAUGUGUCUGUAGAAAUUCACCGCUGCCGAGCGUCAAUAAGUCAGACGAAGACUGUCGAAUCAAAUGUAGUGGGUACGAGAAGGAUUUUUGUGGAGGAGACGGGAUGAUUGGUUUUCAUAAGAAUUCUUAUUAUGAAAAGGGUUACCUAGGUUGUUUCCGAUCACGGUUCAACGGUAAAUCCUUACACGGCAAUGCAAUGACUGUGGAACUGUGUAGAACGUUUUGUGAAGAGCGGAAUGAUAAAUAUUAUGGAUUACAGCAAGGGAGGUGGUGCUAUUGUGGAGAUCGUACACCCGAAAAUAGAGAGCUAGAUGGGAGUUGUUCUUAUAAAUGCGGAGGAAACCAAGAUCAGUAUUGUGGUGGACAGCAUACGCAAAGCUUCUAUGUAAACCGCAACUACAGUAAUGGAUAUCUUGGGUGCUUCAAUGACGAGGCUGAUUCAAUGUUCAAUGUGAAAAACACUUCAUCGACAUCCAUGACUGUGGAAAUAUGUAAAGAAUUUUGUCAGAAGGAAGAUGUCCCAUUCUAUGGACUACUAGCAGGCAUUGAAUGUGUCUGUAGAAAUUCACCGCUGCCGAGCGUCAAUAAGUCAGACGAAGACUGUCGAAUCAAAUGUAGUGGGUACGAGAAGGAUUUUUGUGGAGGAGACGGGAUGAUUGGUUUUCAUAAGAAUUCUUAUUAUGAAAAGGGUUACCUAGGUUGUUUCCGAUCACGGUUCAACGGUAAAUCCUUACACGGCAAUGCAAUGACUGUGGAACUGUGUAGAACGUUUUGUGAAGAGCGGAAUGAUAAAUAUUAUGGAUUACAGCAAGGGAGGUGGUGCUAUUGUGGAGAUCGUACACCCGAAAAUAGAGAGCUAGAUGGGAGUUGUUCUUAUAAAUGCGGAGGAAACCAAGAUCAGUAUUGUGGUGGACAGCAUACGCAAAGCUUCUAUGUAAACCGCAACUACAGUAAUGGAUAUCUUGGGUGCUUCAAUGACGAGGCUGAUUCAAUGUUCAAUGUGAAAAACACUUCAUCGACAUCCAUGACUGUGGAAAAAUGUAAAGAAUUUUGUCAGAAGGAAGAUGUCCCAUUCUAUGGACUACUAGCAGGCAUUGAAUGUGUCUGUAGAAAUUCACCGCUGCCGAGCGUCAAUAAGUCAGACGAAGACUGUCGAAUCAAAUGUAGUGGGUACGAGAAGGAUUUUUGUGGAGGAGACGGGAUGAUUGGUUUUCAUAAGAAUUCUUAUUAUGAAAAGGGUUACCUAGGUUGUUUCCGAUCACGGUUCAACGGUAAAUCCUUACACGACAAUGCAAUGACUGUGGAACUGUGUAGAACGUUUUGUGAAGAGCGGAAUGAUAAAUAUUAUGGAUUACAGCAAGGGAGGUGGUGCUAUUGUGGAGAUCGUACACCCGAAAAUAGAGAGCUAGAUGGGAGUUGUUCUUAUAAAUGCGGAGGAAACCAAGAUCAGUAUUGUGGUGGACAGCAUACGCAAAGCUUCUAUGUAAACCGCAACUACAGUAAUGGAUAUCUUGGGUGCUUCAAUGACGAGGCUGAUUCAAUGUUCAAUGUGAAAAACACUUCAUCGACAUCCAUGACUGUGGAAAAAUGUAAAGAAUUUUGUCAGAAGGAAGAUGUCCCAUUCUAUGGACUACUAGCAGGCAUUGAAUGUGUCUGUAGAAAUUCACCGCUGCCGAGCGUCAAUAAGUCAGACGAAGACUGUCGAAUCAAAUGUAGUGGGUACGAGAAGGAUUUUUGUGGAGGAGACGGGAUGAUUGGUUUUCAUAAGAAUUCUUAUUAUGAAAAGGGUUACCUAGGUUGUUUCCGAUCACGGUUCAACGGUAAAUCCUUACACGACAAUGCAAUGACUGUGGAACUGUGUAGAACGUUUUGUGAAGAGCGGAAUGAUAAAUAUUAUGGAUUACAGGUUCUACAGAUCCAACCACAGGUCCACAUGUCACAGGUUCUACAGAUUCAACCAAAAGUAUUAUGUGUAUAA